AUGUACUCGUUCCGUGAACCACCCAAAGCACCUCGUUCGUCUAUGGUACCGGAAACACCACCUGAUCCACGAAAGCCAAGUACAAUUCGGACAUUAUCCUCAUCCAACAAACGACCUCGAACGGAUCGCAGUCCUCCUCCAACCCCACCUCUUACCGCAUGUGCCGACCUCACUCUUCAAAAUCCUUUUAUCGAUAAGACCGAGAAUGUCGACGUCAAUCGUUAUGAUAAAAUCGAGCAUGAUCUAAAUUCACUCUUAAAUAUGAGAUACGAGAACGACGAAGAAUACCAAAGGUUGUAUCUUCUUGCUAAAAAAGCUGUCAGUGAGAAGGAGAGAUACAUAGCAGAGAGAUCAUCUACGAAAAGACAAUGUCUGGAGAGCAUCAACGAGAGUUUCAAAUGCUUGAAGAAGGCAUACGAUUCGGUAAUGGUAGAGCUAGUGAAUGAACGAAUAUCAAAUGAAUCGAUCCAAGUGGAACUGAAAAGGUCGCUGGAGUAUACGGACAAGUUAAAGAGUGAAAAUGACCGUUUGAAAGAACAGGUAAAACGAUUUAAGAAGAUAAACGAGGAUCAAAGGAAAGAAUAUGACAUGAGGAUGCAUGAUGGGUUGAAAGACAGGAGUAAUCUUGCAAAAGACAAAGCUAAUCUGGAUGAGGAGAGGUUGAAGUUGGAAGGCCAGGUCCAUAGGUUGAGGAUGGAACUGGAAAGAGGGAGAACAAGAUAA